UGUUUCCGGUUUCCAUUGCCCAGCGGAAGUGGGCGGAGCGGAGGAAGCAAAACAGCAGUUCUUUCCGGUGUCGGGAGACAGUGGAAGCGUCGAGGAUCGAGGAACCGUUUGUGAGGAUGACGCGACACGGCAAGAAUUGCACUGCGGGGGCUGUCUACACCUACCACGAGAAGAAGAAGGACACAGCGGCCUCAGGCUAUGGGACCCAGAACAUUCGACUAAGCCGGGAUGCUGUGAAGGACUUUGACUGCUGCUGUCUCUCUCUGCAGCCCUGCCAUGAUCCUGUGGUCACCCCAGAUGGCUACCUGUAUGAGCGGGAGGCAAUCCUGGAGUACAUCCUACACCAGAAGAAAGAGAUCGCCCGACAGAUGAAGGCCUACGAGAAGCAGCGUGGAGCCCGCAGAGAGGAGCAGAAACAGCUGCAGCAGGCCGCUGCCCAGGACCAAGUGCGGGGCUUCCUGGAGAAGGAGGCGGCCAUUGUCAGCCGGCCCCUCAACCCCUUCACGCCCAAGGCCACCACCUUGCCUGGUGCAGAUGGUGAGCAGCCAGGGCCCAGUGCAGGGCCCCCAGCCAAGGACAAGGAUAAAGCACUGCCCAGCUUCUGGAUCCCAUCGCUGACACCCGAGGCCAAGGCCACCAAGCUGGAGAAACCGUCACGCACCGUGACCUGCCCCAUGUCUGGGAAGCCGCUGCGCAUGUCGGACCUGACGCCAGUGCGCUUCACGCAGCUGGACGACUCCGUGGACCGGGUGGGGCUCAUCACUCGCAGCGAACGCUACGUGUGCGCUGUGACCCGAGACAGCCUGAGCAAUGCCACGCCCUGCGCCGUGCUGCGGCCCUCCGGCGCCGUGGUUACCCUGGAGUGCGUGGAGAAGCUGAUCCGGAAGGACAUGGUGGACCCGGUGAAUGGAGACACACUCACGGAGCGGGACAUCAUCGUACUGCAGAGGGGUGGCACAGGCUUCGCGGGCUCUGGAGUCAAGCUGCAGGCAGAGAUGUCACGGCCCGUGAUGCAGGCCUGAGCUGUGACCUAAUAAACAGGCUGUGUGUGAACUA